AUGGAUAUCUGGAGUGAACGAAGAGCGGCAUUAUAUGGCUCGCUGGACUCUAUCCGUCUGGGCCUCUACGCGUUUCUGGGAAUGAUCAUUUUGAGCCGUCAUAACCACCAGUACAUCAUGUACGAUGCCCCCGUUGACGACGGCCUGGAAUUGUCAAUUGCGAAAAUCUACAACUUGGCGGUAAACCUGUACCAAUACUUGCUCCAAGAAACCACGCGGUUGAUGGGGAAAGUGCUUGACCAUACGAUUACGCAGACCGAGGCGAAGAUACUCAUGGUGGCACUAUUGUUUUUGCUCUCAAUAUUGGGAUGUAAACCAGCAGGCACGUGCCCUCUUGUCGAUUUCACUAGAGGCGGUCACGAUUUCAUUUCAUACAGUAUCCGCUACCUCAGGACAAACAAUGUGUUGCUUCCACUUUUGCAGGGACUGCCGUUUGCAUAUAGGCUCCCCACCUUUGACGAGAACCACACCCUGACACUCCCAUUUCUCGCUCGCAUAGUAGAGUACAUUGAUGGCCAUGCCACUGAGCUAGGAUCGGAGAACGACCUAAGUACAAUCAGAUAUGCAUUCAGCAGCUUUGAGCCCCACGUGUACCGGACUACCUUAUCGGAAAAUCCUCAUUACUAUUACCACUAUUUCGUGACGAUGAAGAUGGAAAUGUGGGAUCUCGUGUAUGCCCAACACUCACUUGCUCUCAGUUGGCUAAACUUGGUAGCGGCUUAUGCUUUUCUAUUCAAGUUAUACUUUAUUCGCACCAAUAACGUGUGGAUUGAGUAUAUGGAGUGGUAUCGGACCUGGCAUGGUCACACGUACUAUUGGGACGCGCCGUUGUAUCACAUGGUCGUCGAGCAAACCGUGGUGGUCGAUGACUAUACCCAGUUGCACUUAUUUGACCCCGUUGAAUUCGCAACUAAUCACCAAGUGUAG